UGCCGAAAUUGUUGCUUACAAUAAAGCACAUACUGGAAAAUAGUAAUCAAGGCAGAGAUCAAAUAUCAAUCAACAACAAACUAAUAGUAGGAGGAAAGAUUCAGCUGGACACUUUGCUUUCAAACAUUGUGAAAGGAACAGCAGAAACAAAACAUCUGAAAACAAAACUCUUGGUGGAAAAACAAAACCUGGACAAACUGAAGAACAACAUUAAACAAGAGAGAGCAUACCUGAGCAAAGCCAAUAUGCUCAUGAGCAAAGAAAAACUAGAGCUGGCCUUGAUGAAGUCUGAUAUGCAAAAACAAUUGAUCACAUUGGAGGAGAAUCAACACAUAAUUAAAGAGGGAAACAUUGACCUUGAAAUCAGAGAAAAUGAGUUAAAAAAUAAAACAAUGGGACUGGACACAAUAGCUGAGAAGAUGAAGAAGGGAAGGGAACAAAUUCACCAGCUAAACAUGGAUGUUGGGACAAAAAGAGAUGAAGUCAAUGAUAACCGAUGUGCAAUGGAACAGCAAAAUAAGGACUUGAGUGUUUUUAGACAGGAACAUUGUCAAAAGAGCAAAGAGAUUGCAUUUCCCAGGACCAAAAUAAGUACAGGGAUGGAAAAGCUACUCAAAAUGAAGGCUGAUUUUGAAACUGAAAAAAUACUGCAUGCCAAAGACACGGAGACGAUGGAACAACUACAAUCUGAGCGGAAGGUGUUGCAAGAUCACUUUAGGUCUUGUAUCCUGUCAAUGAGAAGAGAGACAGAUGAUGUAAAGGCAAAGUAUGAAAAGAAACUUGAAGACAUUGACAAAAAGGUUGUCAAAUUAGAAGCGAAAAAUGAAGGUAUGCCAAAAUUGUUGCUUGAAUUUAAGCACAUGCUGGAAGAUAGUAAUCAAGGCAGAGAUCGAAUAUCCAUCAACAACAAACUAAUAGGAGGAAAGAUUCAGCUGGACAAUUUGCUUUCAAAUGUAUUGAAAGAAUCAGAAGAAAUAAAACAUCUAAUAAAGAAACUUUUGGAGGAAAAACAAAACCUGGACAAACUAAAGAACAACAUUAAACAAGAGGAAGAAAUCCUGAGCAAAGCCAAUGAGUUCAUGAGCAAAGAAAAACUGGAGCUUGUUUUGAUAAGGUCUGAUAUGCAAAAACAAAUGAUCGCAUUGAAAGAGAAUCAACGCAUGACCAAAGAGAGAUACAGUGACCUUAAAAUCAGAGAAAACGAGUUUAGAAAGAAUAAAACAGGAUUGGACAGAAUAGCUGAGAAGAUGAAGAAAGAGAGGGAACAAAUUCAUCAGCUAAUCAUGGACGUUGUGACAAAAAGAGAUGAAGUCAAUGAUAACCGAUUUGCAAUGGAACAGCAAAAUAGGGAUUUGAGUGUUCUCAGACAGGAACAUUGUCAAAAGAGCAAAGAGAUUGCAUUUGCCAGGACCAAAAUAAGUACAUAUAUGGAAAAGCUACUCAAAAUUAAGGCUGAUUUUGAAACUGAAAAAAUACUGCACGCCAAAGACACAGAGACGAUGCAACAACUGCAAUCUAAACAGAAGGUGUUGCAAGAUUACUUUAAGUCUUGUACCCUGUCAAUUGAAAGAGUGAGAGAUGAUUUAAAGGCAAAGUAUAAAAAGAAACUUGAAGACAUUGACAAAACGGUUGUCAAAUUAGAAGCAAAAAAUGAAGGUAUGCCGAAAUUGUUGCUUACAAUAAAGCACAUGCUGGAAAAUAGUAAUCAAGGCAGAGAUCAAAUAUCAAUCAACAACAAACUAAUAGUAGGAGGAAAGAUUCAGCUGGACACUUUGCUUUCAAACAUUGUGAAAGAAACAGCAGAAACAAAACAUCUGAAAACAAAACUCUUGGUGGAAAAACAAAACCUGGACAAACUGAAGAACAACAUUAAACAAGAGAGAGCAUACCUGAGCAAAGCCAAUAUGCUCAUGAGCAAAGAAAAACUAGAGCUGGCCUUGAUGAAGUCUGAUAUGCAAAAACAAUUGAUCACAUUGGAGGAGAACCAACGCAUGAUUAAAGAGGGAAACAUUGACCUUGAAAUCAGAGAAAAUGAGUUAAAAAAGAAUGCAAUGGGACUGGACACAAUAACUGAGAAGAUGAAGAAGGGAAGGGAACAAAUUCACCAGCUAAACAUGGAUGUUGGGACAAAAAGAGAUGAAGUCAAUGAUAACCGAUGUGCAAUGGAACAGCAAAAUAAGGACUUGAGUGUUCUCAGACAGGAACAUUGUCAAAAGACCAAAGAGAUUGCAUUUGCCAGGACCAAAAUAAGUACAGAGAUGGAAAAGCUACUCAAAAUGAAGGCUACAUUUGAAACUGAAAAAAUACUGCAUGCCAAAGACACGGAGACGAUGGAACAACUACAAUCUGAGCAGAAGGUGUUGCAAGAUCACUUUAGGUCUUGUAUCCUGUCAAUGAGAAGAGAGACAGAUGAUGUAAAGGCAAAGUAUGAAAAGAAACUUGAAGACAUUGACAAAAAGGUUGUCAAAUUAGAAGCGAAAAAUGAAGGUAUGCCAAAAUUGUUGCUUGAAUUUAAGCACAUGCUGGAAGAUAGUAAUCAAGGCAGAGAUCGAAUAUCCAUCAACAACAAACUAAUAGGAGGAAAGAUUCAGCUGGACAAUUUGCUUUCAAAUGUAUUGAAAGAAUCAGAAGAAAUAAAACAUCUAAUAAAGAAACUUUUGGAGGAAAAACAAAACCUGGACAAACUAAAGAACAACAUUAAACAAGAGGAAGAAAUCCUGAGCAAAGCCAAUGAGUUUAUGAGCAAAGAAAAACUGGAGCUUGUUUUGAUAAGGUCUGAUAUGCAAAAACAAAUGAUCGCAUUGAAAGAGAAUCAACGCAUGACCAAAGAGAGAUACAGUGACCUUAAAAUCAGAGAAAAGGAGUUUAAAAAGAAUAAAACAGGUUUGAACAAAAUAGCUGAGAAGAUGAAGAAAGAGAGGGAACAAAUUCAUCAGCUAAACAUGGACGUUGUGACAAAAAGAGAUGAAGUCAAUGAUAAUCGAUUUGCAAUGGAACAGCAAAAUAGGGACUUGAGUGUUCUCAGACAGGAACAUUGUCAAAAGAGCAAAAAGAUAGCAUUUGCCAGGACCAAAAUAAGUACAGAUAUGGAAAAGCUACUCAAAAUGAAGGCUGAUUUUGAAACCGAAAAAAUACUGCAUGCAAAAGACACAGGGACGAUGCAACAACUGCAAUCUGAGCAGAAGGUGUUGCAAGAUUACUUUAAGUCUUGUAUCCUGUCAAUUGAAAGAGUGAGAGAUGAUUUAAAAGCAAAGUAUAAAAAGAAACUUGAAGACAUUGACAAAAAGGUUGUCAAAUUAGAAGCGAAAAAUGAAGGUUUGCCGAAAUUGUUGCUUACAAUAAAGCACAUGCUGGAAAAUAGUAAUCAAGACAGAGAUCAGAUAUCAUUGAACAACAAACUAAUAGUAGGAGGAAAGAUUCAGCUGGACACUUUGCUUUCAAACAUUGUGAAAGAAACAGCAGAAACAAAACAUCUGAAAACAAAACUCUUGGUGGAAAAAGAAAACCUGGACAAACUGAAGAACAACAUUAAACAAGAGAAAGAAAUCCUGAGCAAAGCCAAUAUGCUCAUGAGCAAAGAAAAACGAGAGCUGGCCUUGAUGAAGUCUGAUAUGCAAAAACAAUUGAUCACAUUGGAGGACAAUCAACGCAUGAUUAAAGAGGGAAACAUUGACCUUGAAAUCAGAGAAAAUGAGUUAAAAAAGAAUACAAUGGGACUGGACACACUAGCUGAGAAGAUGAAGAAGGGAAGGGAACAAAUUCACCAGCUAAACAUGGAUGUUGGGACAAAAAGAGAUGAAGUCAAUGAUAACCGAUGUGCAAUGGAACAGCAAAAUAAGGACUUGAGUGUUUUUAGACAGGAACAUUGUCAAAGGAGCAAAGAGAUUGCAUUUGCCAAGACCAAAAUAAGUACAGGGAUGGAAAAGCUACUCAAAAUGAAGGCUACUUUUGAAACCGAAAAAAUACUGCAUGCCAAAGACACAGAGACAAUGGAACAACUGCAAUCUGAGCAGAAGGUGUUGCAAGAUCACUUUAGGUCUUGUAUCCUGUCAAUGAGAAGAGUGGCAGAUGAUUUGAAGGCAAAGUAUGAAAAGAAACUUGAAGACAUUGACAAAAAGGUUGUCAAUUUAGAAGCGAAAAAUGAAGGUAUGCCGAAAUUGUUGCUUAAAUUUAAGCACAUGUUGGAAGAUAGUAAUCAAGACGGAGAUCGAAUAUCAAUCAACAACAAACUAAUAGUAGGAGGAAAGAUUCAGCUGGACAAUUUACUUUCAAAUGUAGUGAAAGAAUCAGAAGAAUUAAAACAUCAGAAAACAAAACUUUUGAUGGAAAAGCAAAACCUGGACGAACUAAAGAACAACAUUAAACAAGAGGAAGAAAUCCUGAGCAAAGCCAAUGAGCUCAUAAGCAAAGAAAAACUGGAGCUUGUUUUGAUGAAGUCUGAUAUGCAAAAACAAUUGAUCACAUUGAAAGAGAAUCAACGCAUGACCAAAGAGAGAUACAGUGACCUUAAAAUCAGAGAAAACGAGUUUAUAAAGAAUAAAACAGGAUUGGACGGAAUAGCUGAGAAGAUGAAGAAAGAGAGGGAACAAAUUCAUCAGCUAAACAUGGACGUUGUGACAAAAAGAGAUGAAGUCAAUGAUAACCGAUGUGCAAUGGAACAGCAAAAUAGGGACUUGAGUGUUCUCAGACAGGAACAUUGUCAAAAGAGCAAAGAGAUUGCAUUUUCCAGGACCAAAAAAAGUACAGAGAUGGAAAAGCUACUCAAAAUGAAGGCUGAUUUUGCAACCGAAAACAUACUGCAUGCCAAAGACACGGAGACGAUGGAACACCUGCAAUCUGAGAAAAAGGUGUUGCAAGAUUACUUUAAGUCUUGUAUCCUGUCAAUGCAAAGAGUGAGAGAUGAUUUAAAGGCAAAGUAUAGAAAGAAACUUGAAGACAUUGACAAAAGGUUUGUCAAAUUAGAAGCGAAAAAUGAAGGUAUGCCGAAAUUGUUGCUUAAAUUUAAGCACAUGCUGGAAGAUAGUAAUCAAGACAGAGAUCGAAUAUCAAUCAACAACAAACUAAUAGUAGGGGGAAAGAUUGAGCUGGACAAUUUGUUUUCAAAUGUAGUGAAAGACUCAGAAGAAAUAAAACAUCUGAAAACAAAACUUUUGGUGGAAAAACAAAACCUGGACAAACUAAAGAACAACAUUAAACAAGAAAAAGAAAUCCUGAGCAAAGCCAAUGAGCUCAUGAGCAAAGAAAAACUGGAGGUUGUUUUGAUGAAGUCUGAUAUGCAAAAACAAUUGAUCACAUUGGGGGAGAAUCAACGCAUGAUUAAAGAGGGAUACAUUGACUUUGAAAUCAGACAAAAUGAGUUUAAAAAGAAUACAACAGGACUGGACACAAUAGCUGAGAAGAUGAAGAAGGGAAGGGAACAAAUUCAUCAGCUAAACAUGGGUGUUGGGACAAAAAGAGAUGAAGUCAAUGACAACAAAUGUGCAAUGGAACAGCAAAAUAGGGACUUGUGUGUUCUCAGACAGGAACAUUGUCAAAAGAGCAAAGAGAUUGCAUUUACCAGAACCAAAAUAAGUACAGAGAUGGAAAAGCUUUUCAAAAUGAAGGCUAAAUUUCAAACCGAAAAAAUACUGCAUGCCAAAGACACGAAGCGGAUGGAAAAACUGAAAUCUGAGCAAAAGGUGUUGCAAGAUCACUUUCGGUCUUGUAUCCUGUCAAUGGAAAGAGUGGGAGAUGUUUUAAAGGCAAAGUAUAAGAAGAAAUUUGAGGACAUUGACAAAAAAUGUGUCAUUUUAGAAGCAAAAAAUGAAGGUAUGCCGAAAAUCUUGUUUGAAUUAAAGCACAUGAUGGAAGACAGUAAUAGAGGCAGAGAUCAAAUAUCAAUCAACAACAAACUAACAAUGGUAGGAAAUUUGUUUUCAAACGUAGUGAAAGAAACAGAAGAAAUAAAACAUCUGAAGACAAAACUCUUGUUGGAAAAACAAGACCUGGACAAACUGAAGAACAACAUUAAACAAGAGAAAGAAAUCAUGAGGGAAAUUUAUAGGAUAAUGAGCAAAGGAAAACUGGAGCUGGACUUGUUGGAGUCUGAUAUGCAAAAACAAGUGAUCACAUUGGAAGAUAAUCAACGCAUAACUAAAGAGAGAUACAUUGAUCUUGAAAUCAGAGAAAAUGAGUUCAAGAAGAAUAAAACAGGAUUGGACACAUUAGUUGAGGAUAUGAAGAAGGAAAAGAAAAAUAUUUAUCACUUAAACAUGGAUGUCGUGACUAAAAGAGAUGAAGUCAAUGACAACAGAUGUGCAUUGGAUCAGAAACAUAAGGACUUUGGUGUUCGCAGACAAGAACUUUGUCAAAAGAGCAAAGAGAUUGAAGGUAUACCAAAAUUGUUGCUUAGAAUAAAGCACAUUCUGGAAGAUAGUAAUCAAGGCCGAGAUCGAAUAUCAAUCCACAACAAACUAAUAAUGGGAGGAAGGAUUCAGCUGGACAUUUUGCUUUCAAGCAUAGUGAAAGAAACAGAAGAAAUAAAACAUCUGAAAACAAAACUCUUGGUGGAAAAACAAAACCUAGACAAACUGCAGAACAACAUUAAACAAGAGAAAGAAAUCCUGAAACAAGGAAAGACAACCCAUCUUGUUUUGGCAAAAUCAAACAAGGCAAUGAAAAAUGAACUAUUUGAAAUGAAGAGCAGGCUUGAAGAAAAUAAGCAACAUUCGGAUGUAACUUACCAGUGCAUGCAAUCUGCAAAAGAUAAUAAUUUCAUUGUAUCCAGAAGUGUUGGAGUGGAAAAUGAACUCAAACAGAGGCUUUGUACUAUACCCGAUUUAGUGAUAAAAAGAGGUGUUUCCCCAGUAACCAGAAUUUCUAAAAGCGAUUGUCUACGGAAAAUCUGGAAAGAUAUAAAAACAGAAAAGAGGAAUAUUGAUCAGAUGAAGUGUCAGGGUCAUGAGAUGAAAAAGAACCUGGAGAAACAAUUGCAUGUGAUAAACCCGAUUGUUAAAUCAUAUUGGAAACAAAAGGAAUAUACAUUUGUGAAAAAGAAGACCUUAAAUCAAGGAGUUGGUGACACAUCGCAAAGUUACUCAAAGACCAAGGACAAAAGAGAAGAUGAAAAAUGCUUAGACCUUCAAAAACUCAAAAUUGAGAUGCUUAGUGAUAUUGAGACUCUCAUUGUCAAGCAAGAACAUAUGACCAGAGCCCUGAAAACUAGUGAUACAGCUACCCAAACACUUCAGAUGGCUAUGACAACAGAUGGAUACAACAUAAUUAAUGAAGAGCAGACAAAGACUGGGAAAACAAAAUUAGCAACCAAUACAUUCAGUGGACUUUUGUAUCGUCUCCAGUGUUAUUAUAACAAAUGUUGCUGUGGAAACUUCAGGAAGCCAUGUGCGGAGGAUAAAUGAGACAAGUGGUUUUCGGGUGAUUUGGAACCUGACUCAGCUGACUUUUGGCAUGGUGAACUCGUUUUUGGACUGUGGGAGGAAACACACACAAAAAGCCAAUUGUUUGCCACCUGAGGAUCAAAUCCGGGUCCGACGCCAGCAACUGGGUCCUUAAAUCUUCCAUGUGUGGGCUUCUCUAGGGGGGAAGUGUGGAUUAUGCAUCCUGCCCAAGGGAUGGGAGGGAGCGCCGAGAGCGCACAAAGCGCGCGCCAGGUCGGCAGCAGCGAGCAGCUGCAAUCAAUUGCCGGCAAUCAGCAAACCCGGAGCUGAUGAUCAGACCCGCCUUCAAAAGCUGCUAUCCCGUGCCAGAACGUAACCUUCUAUUGGCGUACACAAAUCCCCGUUCCUGUGUGGCGAGCUGUGCGUCUCAUCUUCGUCUCGUCUUCCUCGUUUUUCCUCUCUGGUUCUCUGGCUGCCCCUUGGAUCUCGACCCCUCGCUUUGGACACAGACCUGUUGACACCUCGCUUAGCCCCCGACUUUCUGCUCGCCUCACGGACCUCCAAGCUCUGCCUUGUCUUCCUGAUCAUCCGCCUCUCACUCAUCACUUCUGGUAAACACUCAGCAAUUAAUUCCUACACAUAGUCUUACACCAUACACACUCUUGGAUUUUGUCACACACCAUUAUGUAGUUCAUUUA